AGCUCAACCACAAGUGCAACAGAGACAAAAGAGGUUGCCCCCGUCGGGCCCAUAAAGCCUCUCACGAUGAUGAAGGCGCCUAAAAAACUCAAGCCUGCGAGGAAGCAGGUCAAACCUGGACAGGUGGAGAAGAAGGAGGCCGUCCAGACCGGGAAGGAGUACAAUAUAUGGUACAACAAAUGGGCUGGUGGAGAUAGAGAAGACAGCUAUUCAAACAAAGUAAAAUCCCAAACCCGCUGCAACAUCAAACGCGACCAAGGCCUCACACGCGCAAACACAACCGGCAUGCGCUACUGCUGUCUCUUCUUCGCUCGCGGGUGUUGUCCAUACGGCUGGGAAUGCGAAUACCUACACAUGUUACCUGACGAGACUUGGGCUCUACCCGAUACCUCUAAAGACUGCUUCGCGCGUGACAAGUUCGUUGAUUAUCGAGAUGAUAUGGGUGGUGUUGGGAGUUUCUCGAGACAAAAUCGGACUUUGUAUAUUGGAAGGAUUAAAGAGACUGGUCCGGGUCCUGAGACGGAGGAGAUUGUGAUUAGACAUUUUAAGGAGUGGGGUGCUAUUGAGAAGAUCCGAGUCCUCCAAUACCGAAGCGUAGCCUUCGUAACCUACGUCUCCGAGCUCAACGCUCAAUUCGCAAAAGAAGCAAUGGCUUGCCAAUCAAUGGACAACGACGAGAUUCUCAACGUCCGCUGGGCAACAGAAGACCCCAACCCAACUUCAAAAGUACAAGAACAAUGGCGAAUUCUCGAUAUGGGGAAAAGAGCUAUUCAGGAACGUAUGGACCCAAAGAUGAUUGAUGCUAUGCGUUCUGUACGAGCGUUGGAGGAAGGUGUGGAGUUGAAAGAUGAUGAGGAUGAUGAAGUGGAUGGAAAUGGAGAUGGAGAUGUGGAAGCCGAACAGAGAAGAGAACUUGAAGCACUUGCAGCGAGUGACGAAACCGACGAUUCAGAGCGAGAAGGUCAACCAAACGCAAAACGCCGACGUCUAGACGACAGCACGUCUGAUACUCAACCCAAGGGACUCCUCACGUCAGACACAAUAGAGGGCCUAAAAUACUUCGCCGAGAUACGAAAGCGUCACGAAAACUUAAGUGUAGUGAAGCAGGCUGCACCACCUAAACCUUUGACUGCGAGUCUUGCGUUGGAUUACGGGAGUGAUGAUGAUUAGAUUACUUUGUACAUUAUUAUUCGUUGCUGUCAUUCUAAUGGGCGAUGCAACGGCUAUUUCUUAAUAAAC